CCAUAGGGCUGGAAAAAAAUACAUUCCAUCCUUCCUUUUACAAGAGUAGGUCACUGCAGCCUUGUAGGGUAAUUAUUAAGCUGUUAUAUCCAUGAGCAGCUCAAUAAAGUAAAAAGUCUUUUUGAAAAACCGACUCUUGAAAGAUCAGGAAAUAGGAAGUGAACUGAAUGAAACUUGAGGCGUUAACUUACCAGAAAGCAGAAACUGGAAAAGUUUGUUUUCACUUUUCUCAAGCCCAUUACAGAUUUCUUUUGCUGGAAAUAAAUAGAGCUUAAGGACAUGGCAGCAACUCUGGAGAUAAAAAGGAAAGUUUUGGUGGAGAGGAUAGGUGAAGAAAAUAUUAAUGGUCUACUGGACUGUUUAAGUGAAAAAAAAAUUAUUAAUGAUGAUGAGUUUGAAUCAAUAACUCAUGAACACAAGCUCAGAAGGGAGAAAAUACGAACGCUAGUUGACAUGAUCAUUAGAAAAGGAGAUACAGCGUCAAGAUCAUUUUUAACGGCACUUCAAGAUUUAGACCCUGCUCUGUGUCAAGAUCUUAACAUAAACUAGAAGUAUUUCAGGUGUGUAUUUUCCUACAGUAAUUGUCUUGGAAUAUUUGAGUUAUAUGCUUCUUUCAAUAAAUAAAUAAUAAUUAAAAGUA